UCCCUGAACCAGUCCGCUUGUAAAACUUCUCCAUCUUUCUAGACAUGUCUCUCGCCCUUUCAUAUUACUCUCUUCAACAUGUCUUCCUUUUAUCUCUCAGUCCAGCAUUCUACUUCUUGGCAUGGCUACUUACUUCCUCACUUCGCACUCUUCCUUGUCUUCAUGCAGUCUCUACACCAAUCACAAGAAGAAACAUAAGAACAAGAAUGUUGGCACAGGUUUAUCUACCAUUAUAUCAUCCUUUGGUGACAACAGUUCACUUGACAAGAAAACCCAUCUUUCAUUUUCUGAAAAUUCGAGUUCCAAUCCAAGAAAGCCGCUUGAUUUAGCAGUUAAAGGUUACUACUAUCGUUCAUUUUCAAGAAGGUUAAAACCUCUCAAGUCCUCUGUUAAGGAUCAGCAAGAAAGUGAACCUACUUCUUCGUCUUCAGUUGCCGUUGCAUCUGAGGAGCCAAGCAAUGAAAAUGACAGUCCAAGGAGUGUUCAAGAAGUUGGAUUGAGUAAAGAACAUGAAGAAACUGAGGGGAAAGAAAACCAGCAAGAAAUGGACUGGAAGGCGGAUGAAGAGUUUAAGAAGUUCAUGGGAAACCCUUCUAUUGAGGCUGCAAUAAAGCUGGAGAAGAAGAGAGCCGAUAGGAAGCUCAAGGAGCUUGACAGGGAAAGCAGUGGUAACCCAAUCGUGGGGCUUUUCAAUAAACUGGUGCGUGAUAAUUUGACGAGAGAGAAGGAAAGGUUGGAACAAGCAGAGGAGACCUUCAAAGCUCUUGAUCUUAACAGGUUAAAGAGCUGUUUUGGAUUUGAUACAUUUUUUGCAACUGAUGCUCGAAGAUUUGGAGAUGGGGGGAUUUACAUUGGGAAUUUGAGAAGACCCAUUGAAGAGGUCAUCCCUAUACUGGAGAAAAAGCUAUCUGACGCUGCAGGCAGGGAAGUCAUCUUAUGGUUCAUGGAGGAAAAAACAAAUGACAUUACAAAACAGGCAUGUGUGGUGCAACCUAAAGCAGAAAUAGAUCUGCAAUUUGAGUCUACCAAGCUGAGCACUCCUUGGGGAUAUGUUAGUGCAAUAGCCUUAUGCGUGGCAACGUUUGGGACAAUUGCUCUGAUGAGUGGAUUCUUCCUGAAACCUGGUGCUACAUUUGAUGACUAUCUGGCUGAUGUUGUCCCUCUCUUUGGUGGCUUUGUCUCCAUUUUGGGAGUUUCUGAGAUAGCCACAAGGGUAACAGCUGCUCGUUAUGGUGUUAAACUCAGCCCCUCCUUUCUUGUUCCGUCCAAUUGGACAGGCUGUUUGGGAGUGAUGAACAAUUAUGAGUCACUUCUUCCAAAUAAGAAGGCUCUUUUUGAUAUUCCAGUGGCACGAACAGCAAGUGCUUAUUUGACAUCACUGGUGCUUGCAGUUGCUGCUUUUGUAGCUGAUGGCAGCUUUAAUGGUGGUGAUAAUGCAUUGUACAUAAGGCCUCAAUUCUUCUACAACAAUCCAUUGCUUUCUUUCAUCCAAUUUGUUAUCGGACCAUAUACAGAUGACCUUGGGAAUGUUUUACCAUAUGCUGUGGAAGGGGUAGGAGUUCCUGUCGAUCCCCUUGCUUUUGCUGGCCUUUUGGGAAUGGUGGUGACUUCUUUGAACUUGUUGCCCUGUGGGAGACUUGAAGGUGGCCGCAUAGCUCAAGCUAUGUUUGGAAGAAAUAUUGCUACUUUAUUGUCAUUCGCCACAUCCCUUCUCCUUGGCAUCGGUGGUCUUAGUGGAAGUGUCCUUUGUUUGGCAUGGGGAUUAUUCGCAACCUUCUUUCGGGGUGGAGAAGAAAUGCCAGCAAAAGAUGAGAUCACCCCAUUGGGAGAUAACAGGUUUGCUUGGGGUGUUGUUCUAGGUCUUAUCUGCUUCCUCACUCUUUUCCCUAAUGGAGGAGGUACAUUCUCCAGCCCAUUCUUCAGUGAUCCAUUUUUCAGGGGCGAUCUGUAAAUAGGUUACUUGUAUUAAUUGUUUAUAUUCUGUCCAUACCUACAUUUCAGUAGGGUGAUGACUGAUGACUACACCAUUUCUAGUUAUUCUGUAAUAUAAGAGGGAAGAAAUACAUUUCAGUUUUUUGUUAUUAUCAUUUAGACAAACUUGGAGCUUAACCAUCUACCCUUAAUUCUAGCUACUGUUCAUGGCAAG